AUGGCCGCUGCGCCCGUGGGGCCUGGGGCUGCGUUCUUCGAGGUCUUGGACCGGCACCGGGCCUCGCUGGUGGCCGCCCUGAGGAGAGGUGGCCCGGAGGCCGGUGCGCAGGGGACCCGCUUGGCCUCCAGUGCUGAGGUUCUCGCAUCUAUAGAAAACAUUAUGCAAGACAUAAUCACAAGCUUGGCAAGAAAUGAAGCGCCUGCCUUCACAAUAGACAACAGAUCCAGCUGGGAAAAUAUAAAGUUUGAAGAUUCUGUUGGUCUUCAGAUGGUGGCUCACUGUACCACAAGAAAAAUCAAAAGCAAUUCUCUAAAAUCCGUUAAAAAAUUUGCUCUAAUCCUUAAAAUAUUGUCCAUGAUUUAUAAAUUAGUACAGAGCAACACUUAUGCAACUAAAAGAGACAUCUAUUAUACUGACAGCCAGCUCUUUGGUACUCAGACUGCCGUGGACGACAUUAUCAAUGACAUUUCCUGUAUGCUCAGAGUGCCAAGGAGGAGUCUGCACAUAUUAUCAACAUCCAAAGGGCUAAUUGCAGGCAAUUUAAGAUACAUUGAAGAAGAUGGCACCAAAGUGCAUUGUUCCUGUGGCGCAACAGCUGUUGCUGUGCCAUCUAAUAUUCAAGGAAUUCGGAAUUUAAUUACAGAUGCAAAAUUUCUGUUAAUUGUAGAAAAAGAUGCAACAUUUCAGCGGCUCCUAGAUGAUGACUUUUGCAACAAAAUGUCUCCAUGCAUCAUGGUCACGGGAAAGGGUGUACCUGAUCUGAACACAAGGCUUUUAGUCAAGAAGCUGUGGGACUCCUUUCACAUUCCUGUUUUCACGCUAGUAGAUGCUGAUCCACAUGGCAUAGAAAUAAUGUGCAUCUAUAAGUAUGGGUCUAGGUCCAUGUCUUUUGAAGCCCACAACCUCACAGUUCCAGCUAUGAGAUGGCUUGGUUUACUCCCUUCUGAUAUUAAAAGGCUGAAUGUACCUAGAGAUAGUUUGAUCCCACUGACAAAACGGGAUCAAGGGAAACUUGACAGCAUCCUCAAGAGACCUUAUAUUACUUGCCAACCAUUUUGGAAAAGAGAAAUGGAAAUAAUGGCAGAAUCUAAAAUGAAGGCAGAAAUCCAAGCUUUAACCUCCCUGUCGUCAGAUUACCUUUCCAGAGUGUACUUACCCAACAAGUUAAAAUUUGGAGGAUGGAUAUAAAAGCACACGUGGAGGAUGGAAGAAUCUGUUUUCCAGAGGCCCUUCAUUAGUUUAACUGGCAAACACUG